AUGCCGUUUUCACUCAAUAUUUUUUAUUCACGUUUACUUGUUCGUCAUCAUUGGUUGGUACUUAGUCUUAUUGUAUUUUGUUGUGUUUCAUUAACCGCUAUUGCUUUUGUAUUUACAAAAUUACCUGAUCUAUCUGAUCCACGAAUAGGAUGGGGAGCACGUGGAAAAGGUACAAUAUUUUCUCAAUUAAUGGUAUUACGUCAUGCAGCAGAAAGAUUUCGUCAUGCUUAUGAUUUACCAUUAGAUGAAAAUGAAUUAUUUGGUAUGUUUGAACAAUUUUUUAAUGUAACGGUAGAUGAUCUGGAUGAAAAUACAUAUCGAUCUGAUGUACUUAAAAAAUAUGAUAUUUGGAAAAAGAAAAAAUCCAAAGAAGAUAAUAAUGAAUUGGUUGAUUAUCAUGAUCUUAAUAGAGAAUUUUAUGAUAAUACUGAAGAUGAAGAUUAUGAUGAAAAUUCUGAAUCAAAAUCUCUUUAUCAAUGGAAUCGUGAUCGACAUUUUGAUGUUGAAAAUUUAAUAACAAAAUAUGUCGAUAAUAAAAUGAUUAAUAUAACUAUAUUAGAUUUUGUUAGCAAUCUACCACAAUUUAAUAAAACAAGUUAUAAAUCAACUCGAUUAUCUUUUGAUCUUUUUCGACCAUAUGCGUAUCUACUCGAAGCAAAAUAUCGUGGGCAAACAGGUCGUGAUGGUAUGAUUGAAUUCUAUAUUGAACGUUCAAAUAUCAAUGAUGAUUUAUUAUCACUUGAUCAUUUACGUUCAAUAUGUCAAUGGGAAAAAAAAUUCAAAGAUAUUCUUACUCUUAAUCAUGUUCAAAGUCUUUCCUUAGCAACAUUUGUUGCAUUAUAUUCAUCAAAAAAUGAUUGCCAAUUAAUUACUUCGAACGAUAUUGAACGUUUUCGUUCAAUACUUCAUACAUGUUUACCUUAUUAUAUCAAUGGUUAUAUGGAUAUAUCAUUAAGUGAUGAAUUUGUGACUCUUGUCGGAAUGAAACAUCAGUCUACGGAUUGGACAUAUCAAGAACAAGUCAAAGCAAUUUAUACAACUUUACGUCAUACAUGUUUCUAUAAGAAUAUAACACGUUUUAUAUUGGAUCAUUUUGUUGAUAAAAAUUUUAUUUAUGAUUUUCAACAAUCAAAAAUUAAUUCAAAAGUAUCGAAAUCCAUGAUAUAUAUAAGCAAUUAUAAAAUAAUUCAAUAUAAUCGUACACGUGAUCAAACAAUGUGUUUAAAACGACAACCAUAUUCAAUAAAAUAUUGUCAACAACGUGGUUGUAUGAAUGAUUAUCAAGAUAAAAUGAUAUCGAAAUUGUGUAUUGAUCAAGCACCACCAUUAGGUAAUUGUGAAAAAUAUUGUCAAUGUAAAUAUCAAUGCAUCAAUGAAACCGAACAAGUCAUUUUAUUAACACCAAUUUUCAAAGAACAAGAAUUAAUUAAUUUAUAUAGAAAAUAUUUUGCUGGAAAACAACUAUUUUCAACGUAUAAAAAUCAAUUUAUUAAACUUAUUGCAUUAAAUUUUGCUUAUGUUCGAGAAAAAGCAGCAAUGGUACAAGUAUAUAAAGAUACAUUUCUUUCGGUGAUUGCUGCAGGAUUAAUUAUAAUAAUAACCAUAGUUUAUUUACGUAGUAUUACAAUUGCUUUUAUGAUUGUUCUUGGUACAACAUUAUCAUUAGGUGUUAGUUAUUUUAUUUAUCGUGUUAUUUAUGGUAUACCGAUAUUUCCAACAUUGAAUUUUUUAUCUAUUUUUAUAUUAAUUGGUAUUGGUUGUGAUGAUAUAUUUGUAUUUUUUGAUACGUGGGAUCAUGAAAAAAAGGAAUGGUUAAGAAAAUAUCAUGAUAAACAACAACAACAAAUUGAUUUCGAGACAAAUAUUCCAUUAAAUGAUUUAAAUACACGCGAAGAAAUUCAAACAACGAAAGAUGAAUUUUCUAAUGAUUCUCUAGAUGAAGAAGCAUUGAUUGAAAUCAUGUCGAAAACAUUAAAACAUGGUGGAAAAUCAAUGUUUGUAACAUCAUUUACAACAACUGCAGCUUUUUUUACUAAUAUGUUAACAAAUAUUUCAUUUAUUCAAGUUUUUGGUGUUUAUACUGGAACAUCAAUUUUACUUUAUUUUCUUAUUACAAUUACAGCUAUUGCUGCUUUUGCUGUUAUUUACGAAAAACAUAUUCGAAAUAUUUCAUCUUGUGUAUGUUUUACCAAAACAAUGAAAACAUCAUUUAUAAAAUUCUGUCAACGUUUUCGAGAUUAUAUUUUUAAUUAUUUAAUGCCAUUGAUAAUCAUUAAAUUACGUUAUUUUUUAGUACUAUUCUUCUUCUGUUUAGGCAUUUUAGGUCUUAUUGGUGUUUUUUAUUAUCCAAAAUUUGAAGCACCAUCAACAUAUAAAGUAAAUUUCUUUGGAAAAAAUCAUCCAAUGGAAAUCUAUGAAUUCGGAAUGAAACCUCAAUUUAACGGUUAUAUUAAAGAAUACAAUCGUUUUUUUGCGUAUCCAGAAAUUUCAUUUGUAUUUGGUAUACGUGAUAUUGAUGAUGGAUAUAUAUUUGAUAUGAAUGAUCGUGGUCAUCUUCAUUUAAUGCCAAUUGAUUUACAUCGUUUAGUAACUUUAGAUUUUUUUAAACAAUUUAUUCAAGAUUUAGGAAAAAGAAAUGAUUUAUUUCUUUCGAAUUAUGAUUUAGAAAGAGAUUUUAAUGCUUUUUAUCAGCUUAGCAAACAAAAUAGUUUCAUAGAUGAAGUAAAAUACAAUCUAUCAAAAACAAACGAUUUAAAGAUGAUUAAUGAAACGAUACGUGAUGCAAUCAUUGAAAAUAAUCAACGUUCAGCAUUAAAAGAAGCUAUGCAAUGUAUAACAGGUACAGCUGGAGAAAAUAAUAUUCCAAUUGAAUUUUGUCAAGAACAAUUGAAAAAACAACGACCAUAUAGUUGGACUGUUUUACUUGAGAAACCAUCAUCAAUUGAUGGAAGUGUUCGACCAUUUGCAAUUUUUAUUACAAUUCGUGGUAAUCUUAAUAAUACAAAUUAUAAAUCUUACGAUGUAUAUUAUCGUAAAAUAAAAGAUUUUUUUGAUCCAUAUAUAAAAAAAUAUGCGCCGAUACAUUUAAAACAUGGUUGGUUUUCUUCUCCAACAUUUGCAUUUUAUGGUAUUCAACGUGAAACAGUUGUUGGUUCUUAUUCAUCUUUAGUUGUAUCACUUGGUAUAGCUUUACUUGUUUUAUUUUUAACAUCAGGAAAUUUAUUUAUUGCAAUUUAUGCUUUGAUUACAAUGACGUUUUCUAUAAAUGUUGCUAUUGCUAUAUUUGCUACUUUAAAAUGGGAAUUAGGUGUUGUUGAAGCUAUUAUUUUAAUUAUGUCUGUUGGAUUAUCAGUUGAUUUUGUUGUUCAUUUUGGUGUUGGCUAUAUUCAUGCAGAUCCAAAUAGAAUUGAUCGUGAAAGAAAAAAAGUGAGAAAUCGAUAUUUAUCCACAGCAACAGAAUCGUCGAGCUUUCGUUUAUUAUGGAAAGAACAUGAAGUUGAACGUGAAAUACGUGUAAGAGAAUCUAUAUCUCGUGUUGGUUCAGCUGUAUUUAUGGCAGCUUUUACAACGUUUGCUGCCGGAUUUUCAAUGAUACACGCAUCACUUACUGCUUAUCGAGAAAUGGGUCAAUUUCUGAUGACAAUAAUGUUAACAUCAUGGUUUUUUGCUAUGUUUUUCUUUUUGCCAUUAUGUGCAAUUCUGGGUCCCGUUGGUGCUUAUGGUUCAAUUCCAUUUACGCGAAUUGCUUUACGUUUUAAACGAUGUAUUCAUCGAAACUGA